AGUUAUUACACCGACAGGACCUCAGCACCUGUCUACAGUAAAUACACAAUGUGGGUCUUGUUGCUCUUAAUUGUGACUGUAACCUCAAAAGUCUCGGGACCUUCUUGUUCAGUCCACAACAAUCCUCGUCAUAUUUAUGUCCCUGGGGACGUUGUUGUGGGUGGACUUUUUCCUGUUUACCUGCAGGUGAAAAUGAACGGAUCCACGAUUCCGCCGCAAAAGACUUGCAUUGACUACGACGUGCAGAUGUUCCUCCGAUCGCAAGUGAUGAUUUAUGCCAUCCAAGAGAUAAACAGGUCUCAGGUGUUGCCCAAUGUGAGUGUCGGAUACGAAAUACACGACACCUGUGGGGAUGUAACAAAUGCCAUCAGAGCAACACUGAGCAUGAUGGAGGACAUCCAGGGGCAGGGGGUGAAGCCGACUGUAACCAAGCCACAUGUUAAAGUGGUAAUUGGGGAGCGGUAUUCAGAGAAGUCAAUAGCUGUUGCCCGUCUACUAGCUCUACCUCUAGUGGCUCAGAUCAGUUAUUCAUCAACAAGUGAGUUGCUCAGUAGGAAGUGCAAGUUCCCCUCGUUUCUGCGAACGGUCUCCAGUGAUGAGCAUCAGACCAUAGCGAUCGCUGAGUUGGUGAAGCAUCUCACCUGGGAGAGCGUGGGAGUGAUAGGCAGUGACGAUGAGUACGGCAAGUAUGGCGUCGAGAAGCUGAUCGAUCACUUCAAUGACAGGAAACUGUGUGUGGACUUCAAGGAGAUCCUAUCAGCAAACUUUUUACUCAACGGGACCAGAACGCAAACAGAAUUGGCCAUGCUCAUGUCAAAGAUUCGCAAUUCGUCUGCCGAGGCUAUUGUCAUUUUCACAGCUGAAUUGAAUGUUAGGAUCAUCUUCAAAGAGGUCCUUAGAAUGGGGAUCAGCAGAAUUUGGAUCGCAUGUGACACUUGGUCCACCAACAAGGAGCUUUCCGAAAUAGCCGAUAUUCAAAAGGUUGGGAGGGUAUUUGGAUUCAUUCCUAAGAGAAACAAGGUGCCGGGUUUUCAUGACUACGUCCGUGACUCUAUGUUCCAAAGUAAAACCCAUAACAGCUUUAUCCAUGAAUUUAUGUGUCAUUAUCCUCCAUGUCCCGAUUCCUUGGUAGAUGAAAGUGUGCUGAACUGUACAUUACCCGACACCAAAUCCCAGUCAGAGGGUGGUGGAAGGACAUGCCUGGACAGAAGGUGCUUAUUGAAGUACAUUGACGAGGAUGAGUCUUAUUACAUCUAUCUAGCGGUCAAAGUCGUUGCUCAGGGGCUGAGAAGCCUGCUGAAUUGCAACAAUGUAAGGUGUAAACGAAAUGCCAGUUUUGCUGUUUGGGAGCUUCUUGAGGAACUCAAGCGGGUUGACUUCAUGGUGGACAAUACCACACACAUAGCUUUCGAUGAAGAUGGUGACCCUACUACAGGAUAUGACGUCGUAGAGUGGAACAUGUCGGUUUCAGAAAAUCGGAUAAUAACCGUUGGAGAGUAUAUGCCUAAUGAACCCAUCCGCAUCAGAGAGCAUCUCAUCAGAGAGUUUGAAAAUGUUACAGUGACUUUUGCCAACUGCUGUAAGACAUGUAAUCCGGGAUAUGAGUUAACUUCAAAGAUAAACUCAUGCUGCAAGGAGUGUUUUCUUUGCAGUCGUGGACACAUUUCUACCGGAGGCGGUAAGAAGUGCGUGGCCUGUCAUCCACAAAGUGAGUACACAUCCUCAGACAUGGACAGAUGUUUGAAGAAAACCAUUGAGUACCUGGGGUGGACUGACGCUUUCACCAUUGUUCUGGUCUCAUUUGAUGUCUUGGGGAUUGUUGUCAGCCUUCUGGUGGCCAUUUUGUUUGCCGUGGAUCGAAGAACACCCUUAGUGAAAUCCACUGGAGGCUACCUCAGCUUCCUGGAGCUGCUGUCCCUGCUGGCUUGCUUCUGCUCUAUUAGUAUGUUCCUUGGGGAGCCGACAAAGACCACCUGCCUGGCGCGUCUCCCACUCUUCGGCAUGGCCUUCACUGUCUGCGUUUCCUGCAUCCUGGCCAACCUGCUCCAGAUCUUCGUGGGCUUCACUUUCGAUCUGAGGGUUACAGUCGGCAACACACUGAAGCGCCUCAACCGACCCAUCGCCGUGGUAACGUGCUGCUCGGCGGUCCAGGUGGCCGUGUGCGUGCUGUGGCUGACCUACGCCCCACCGUUCAUUGUCGAAAGCAGUAGGUUCGACGAGGCCACCAUCCUUCUGGAGUGCAACAAAGGUUCCAAGAUGCUCUUUGGCGCCAUGUUGACUUACAUUGCCCUGCUGGCAGUGGUCUGCUUCCUGUUUGCGUUCAAAGGGAAGCAGUUGCCAGAUUUGUAUAAGAACGCCAGUUUUGUCUCCAUCAGCAUGAUGAUUUUCCUGGUGGUUUGGAUUGUCUUCAUCCCUGUCUACAUCAACAUGUCGGGGAAGUACCAGCAGGCCAUUGAGGCGGCGGCCAUCUUGGUGUCCAAUUACAGCGUCCUCUGCUGUCACUUUGUUCCCAAGUGCUACAUCAUGCUCUUCAGGAAGGAGCUCAACAACCAGAAUGCCAUCACAAAUUACAUCCGGAAACACUACGAAAAGAAGGGCAUGGCUGUUGUCAACAAAUAGUUUGUUGAUAGUAGCGAUACAAGGUAUUUGAGGUAGAUAUGUACAUGAAGGAAGGGUAAAGUGACUAGGCAUCAGGAUAGAUAAUAAUGAGGUACUUGAGGUAGAUAUGUACAUGAAGGUAAAGUCACUAGGCAUUAGGAUAGAUAAUAACAAGGUAUUUGAGGUGAUAUGUACAUGAAGGCAGGGUAAAGUGACGAGGCAUCAGGAUAGAUAAUAAUUAGGUAUUUGAGGUAGAUAUGUACAUGAAGGCAGGGUAAAUUGACUAGACAUCAGGAUAGAUAAUAAUAAUAAGAGCCUCUACAGAUGGACAAUCUGAAUUUUUCAAAGUGUGACCCAUGAUAAGACUGUCAAGCACCAGUGAUAGUUAUUGGAAGCAUGGAACUUGGCAUAAACCUAUUUGCAUUAUGGGAACAUGAACCUAAGCAUUACAGAGGAACCAUUUUCCUCCAGAAUACAGUACAUUCAUUAUGUCCCCCUAACUAUGCUAUACAGUAAUGCUAUACUGAUUAGUAGUUGUUUAUAAUUUAUUUAAAAUCAAAUCAAAGUUUAUUUGUCACGUGUGCUGAAUACAACAGGUGUAGACCUUACAGUGAAAUGCUUACUUACAGGCUCUAACCAAUAGUGCAAAAAAAGGAAUUAGGUGAACAAUAGGUAGGUAACGAAAUAAAAACAACAGUAAAAAGACAGUGAAAAACAACAGUAGCGAGGCUAUAAAAGUAGCGAGGCUACAUACAGACACCGGUUAGUCAGGCUGAUUGAGGUAGUAUGUACAUGUAGAUAUGGUUAAAGUGACUAUGCAUAUAUGAUAAACAGAGAGUAGCAGUAGCGUAAAGAGGGGUUGGUGGGUGGUGGGGGGCGGGACACAAUACAGAUAGCCCGGUUAGCCAA